AUGGCGACACCGGCCUCCACUACCUCCGACGGGGAGAAGAAGAACCUCGAGCAGAUCAGCUUCCGCUUCUGCUCCGAAUGCUCCAACAUGUUGUACCCCAAGGAGGAUCCCGAGAGCCGCCGGCUGCUCUUCACCUGCCGCACCUGCCAGUAUACCGAAGAGGCCCAGUCGUCGUGCGUCUUCCGCAACAUCAUGAACAACGCCGCGAGCGAGACGGCCGGUGUGACGCAGGAUGUCGGAUCCGACCCUACCGUAAGUCCCCUGGAGAACACCCUGUGCCUCAUGUGCGGUCGUCCUUUGCUCUGUGGUCGGCACAGGGCCGAGGCGGAGGAGGAGGCGGAAUUGGAGGGCUACGACGACGACAUGGCCAUGUCGAAUAGCGUGUUUUUGCUCGAGCAGCUCGCGCUUGAAGACGAGGAGGAGCCGGAUGACUGGGAGCCGGACACGACGGGCUCCGCGGCCGACGAGACCGAAGCCGGUAGCACGCGUGGUGCCAAGGGCGAUGCUGGUCGGGACUAG